AUGGGCGCCUAUCUAAGUAAGCCAAUAACCGAAAAAGUGUCCGAAUGUGGUGGCAGUGAGCGAAUCUGUUAUGCUGCAACAAGUAUGCAAGGAUGGCGUAUCAAUCAAGAGGAUGCGCAUAAUUGUAUUGUAAAUUAUGACGAAGAUUCUUCCUUUUUCGCUGUUUACGAUGGUCAUGGAGGAAGUGAAGUGGCACAGUACAGUGCACAUCAUUUACCAGAUAUGUUGAAAGGAAAUAAUUCAUGGUUUUCGGGUAAUUACGCAAAAGCUAUACAAGAUACUUUCUUGGAAUUGGAUGAAUUACUAAGAACAGAGGCAGUUAUGAAAGAAUUGAAGAGAUUAGCAGGUAGCGUGGAAUCGAAACAUGACGAUUUAAGCGAUGAUGGCGAAGACAAGCAAACAUUAUAUGAAGAAGCUGGAAUGCCGAUUGAAACCAUAUUGGAAAGAUAUGGGAUCGUCUUACAUCGAGAACAGAAUGGUAAGCAGUCAGUCAUUGAUCUCAAUGAGUUACGUACACAGCUCGCACAACAAGGUGAAGGAGAGGAGCAGGUGCAGAAAAUAGAAGAAUCUGAGAAGAAAAUUCAAGAGAAUGGAUCAAAUUUAUUGGAACAGGGAAUAAAUGGAAAGGAUGAGAAUGGUGAUGCUGUGAUCGAGAAGGAAGUUAAAGCCGAUAAAAUUCAGCUUAAAAAAACGGAGGGAAAGGAAGAGAAAACAAAAAAACGAGUGGGUGAAUUAUCACCCAGUAUCUUAAAAGCGAAGCGCACCAAAUCCUCAAAUGAUGUUGAAGAAGGUUUAUCGGAAAGUCAGAGCAAGAAUGCACCCUCUAAUAGAUCGGCAGUUGAUAAUUCGGAUGUGGCGAUUCAAGAUGAAAGAUGUGAAACUGCUGGAGAAAGUGUAGCGGCAAAUAGCGAGCCAGAAGUUGCAGGUCCUGCUGAAGUUAGUACUACUACACCUUCGAUCGAUUCAGGUGAUGGAGAUGACUGCUUGCUACACGGCGAGAAUCCUCAUCCUUCCGCAACUUCCGAUGGGCAGAUUACGUUUUCUUCAGAUUCAGAAUCAGUAGAUGAAGAUUAUAAUGCUGAUGAGGAGAUGAGUGAAGGUGAAGAGGAAGAGGAAAUGGAUGAUGAGGAAAUCGAUGAUACAGAACAAAAUUAUUCCUGCCCAUCAGGUGAUACUCCAGGUGAAGAUUCAGGCACGACAGCAUGUGUUGUCAUAGUUUUUAAGGAUAAGGUGGUGGUUGGCAAUGCGGGUGAUAGUCGAGCAGUACUGUGUCGUAACGGUGCGGCUGUUGAAUUGUCAGUCGAUCACAAGCCGGAAGAUGAUAUAGAAAGGAGGCGAAUUGAGACAGCUGGAGGCGAAAUUAGUAUGGAUGGCCGGGUUAACGGUGGUUUGAACCUUUCCAGAGCCUUAGGUGAUCAUUUCUACAAGAAAAAUGCUGCAUUACCAUUAAAAGAACAGAUGAUCUCGGCGUUACCAGAUGUUAAACAGUAUAAAAUUUUACAAGGCGAUGAGUUCAUCAUCAUUGCUUGCGAUGGCAUAUGGAAUUCUCUUACCAGUCAAGAAGCGGUUGAUUUCGUACGGCAAAGGAUAAUUGAUGGUAUAAGUCUCAAGGAUAUCUGCGAACAGAUCUGCGACCACUGUUUGUCACCGAAUACAGCUGGAGAUGGCACUGGUUGCGAUAAUAUGACCAUAAUUAUAGCACAAAUAUUGCGACCAGCUUCGCUGUCACAGCAGCUGCCGACGCCAUCGUCAUUCUAA